AUGAAAGAUGACCUCUCUUUCCCACCUGAAUGCUAUCAGCCAGGAGACCUUGUCAUUGCUGGGGUUGUCUCUCACCUUUUUUCUCCUGGUGACUUUGUAUCUUUCAAUGAACCCCCAGAAACAAAGUCUACAGACAAGCCCAUCACUGCCCUGAAGAAUUAUCAGCAUGUUCUGUCUUUGGUAUUUGCUGUGAAGGAGAUCAAUGAGAAGCCCAGCAUAUUACCUAAUAUCACUUUAGGAUUCCAUAUCUAUGACAACUAUUUUGAGGCAAGGAUGACUUAUCAGAACAGCCUGGAUUUUGUGUCCAACUGGCAUAGAUUUGUUCCCAACUACAGCUGUGGCAUUCAGAAGAAUCUGGUAUCUGUCAUUGGGGGACUUAACUCUGAAACCGCUUUCCAUAUAGCUGACAUCAUAAGCCUUUACAAAGUUCCACAGAUCACAUAUUCCUUCCUUGUUCCUGUGAUGAAUUAUAAAGCCAUGUUUCCUUCUAUCUACCAGAUGGUUCCCAAUGAAGCACUUCAGUACACUGGGAUUGUCCAGCUCCUUCUGCAUUUUGAAUGGACGUGGGUUGGGAUCAUUGCAAAGGAUGAUGACCAAGGAAUACAUUUCAUCCAAACAUUGACUCCAAAGCUUUCUCAGGGUGGCAUCUGUACUGGUUUUAUUGAAAGAAUACCAUCUGCCUUGUCUGCUCUGUAUGACCUUGUAGCCUUGUUUGACCGUGUGGAGAUAAUGCUGUCUUCUUUCAAGAAGACCAAUGUUGUUAUCAUAAAUGCACAUACUCACACUGUGUUUGCUUUGAGUGGGUUAAUGUAUAUGGCAAUAUUGAUGGGCAUGACAAUAUCAGCUAUAAGUAAGGUCUGGAUUAUGACUGCUGAAUGGUCUUUCGUAUCACACACAUUUCAACAGGGACUGAACACCCAAGUCUUCCAUGGUGCUUUAUCCUUCAGCAUUCACUCCAGUGAACUACUAGAGUUCCAAAAUUUCCUUCGGAGUCUAAAUCCUCUUUAUCCAAAAGGAGAUGGUUUUAUCAGAGUCUUCUGGGAGCAUGCAUUUAACUGUUCAUUAUCAGACUUCGAUAUGGAUGAGGAGAAACAGGCAAUCUGCAGUGGAGAUGAAGAGCUAGAGAACAUUCCUGGACCGUAUUUUGAAAUGAGCAUGACUGGCCAAAGCUAUAGCAUCUACAAUGCGGCGCACACUAUAGCCCAUGCUUUACAGGCCAUGCACUCAUCAAGAUCCAAAUAUAAAUACAAGACAAAUGAAGGGGGAGGUGACCAUCUCAAACUGCAAUGUUGGCAGGUCUUGCCCCUUGCAGUGUGCAAUGAGAAAUGCCAUCCAGGAUAUAGCAGGAAAAGGAAAGAAGGAAAGCCAUUUUGUUGCUAUGGUUGCACCCAGUGCCCAACAGGGAAGACAUCACAUGAGAAAGAUUCAGAUGAUUGUUACAGUUGCCCAGAAGAUCAAUAUGCAAAUGAGGACAGAAAUAUAUGCCUUCCUAAGUUCCCAAACUUUCUUUCUCAUCAUGAACCUUUGGGGGUCAUUUUAGUUUUCCUGGCUCUGUUUUUUUCUCUGAUCACACUUUUUGUGCUAGGAAUCUUCAUCAAACACAGGAAUACCCCCAUCGUCAAAGCCAACAACCGGAACCUCACCUACUCUCUGCUCAUCUGUCUUGCACUCUGCUUCCUCUGCUCUCUCCUAUUCAUUGGACAACCUCACCCAGUCUCCUGCUACCUCCGACAAACUUCUUUUGGCAUCAUCUUCUCCACAGCGGUUUCUUUUAUAAUGGCCAAAACCAUCACAGUGGUUGUUGCUUUCAUGACCACCAAGCCAGGCAGCAGGAUGAGGAAGUGGGUGGGCAAAAAAUUGGCCAAUUCUGUAGUCAUCUUCUGCUCCUUGAUGCAAGUAGGGAUCUGUUCUUUGUGGCUCUCUACUGCUCCUCCAUACCCAGAUCUGGACAAUCAUUCCUUGGCUGAAGAAACUGUGCUUGGAUGCAAUGAAGGCUCAGCCCCCUGGUUUUACUAUGUCCUCGGGUACAUGGGAUUCCUGGCUCUCAUUAGCUUUGUUGUGGCUUUCCUUGCUAGGAACCUGCCCAGCACUUUCAACGAAGCCAAGUUCAUCACUUUCAGCUUGCUGGUGUUUUGCUGUGUCUGGGUCUCUUUUGUCCCCACCUACCUGAGCACCAAGGGGAAAUAUAUGGUGGCUGUGGAAGUCUUCUCCAUCUUGGCUUCCAGUGCUGGAUUACUUGUUUGUAUCUUCUGUCCAAAAUUGUAUGUAAUUGUGAUAAGGCCUGAACUAAACUGUAAGAACCAACUAAUAAAGAAAAUAAACAGGCAAUAA